GACGGACCGUCUCGGUACGGACAACACCAUCGACCUGCGGCGACUGACGGCACUAUGUUGCUCAAGCGACAGCGUUGUCGUCGCUUCCUGUCGCGGACCUGCACGCCCGGUUUGUCUUCCGUCCCGCAUCCGUCCCCAGUCUUUAAUUCACCCGGUGCAACCUCGCGUUAAUCGCGCGUUAUUUCGCAUAUUUACGAGAAAAAUCCGCCGCCGCGUUCUCGCCACAGAAAUUAUUUUGAAUUUCUCCAGUCGCGACAUUGAGCACUACGCAGUUGCGCGCCGUGCGCGGAAUCCCGACUGCGCAUGCGCGGAGAUUCGAGGCGGCGAAGCGCGCGAAAUUACGAAUUCGGGUUUCUUUCGGACACGAGAAUUUGAUGCCGAUUAAUUUGGAAAAUUUUUCGAUCGAUGUUAUGUCAUAAUCGAGAGGAUUCGUAUCGAUCGUCAAAAAAAAAAUAUUAUCUAUGGAAGAUUUCGAGUACGUAGUGCGAAAACCGAAGCAGCAAAAAAUAUGUUUCGGUUCCGGACAAUCACGGGAUACUUCCAAGAAGGGAGCGAGUCCCUUUAUGAAAUAUUACAUCUUGGAAGAUGAUCCUAAUAUAGGGCCUGGCUGCUACAAUAUCUUGGAAUCGUUCAACGCCAUUAAAACUAAGCCAUGUUCUCAUAGCAUCAGCAAAAAGGGCUACAGUGGCCUUGCUCGAUUCGGUAAAUCUACUGAUUACUUAGAAGAGUAUCCGUCACCAUCCAAUUACAAUGUUUCUUCCUUUCCUAAACAUGUCAAGCUGCAGAAAUAUCCAUUUGGAUCUACCAGUGAAAGAAAAGGCAUUUAUGUUAAUAAAAAUCCAGGAUCUGGCAUGUACGUCAGCAAAGAGAUAAAAGGCAUUACAUUUCAACAUAGUUUUGGUGGGAGAGUUAAAAUGCAACUCGGUGUUGAUCUCAAGUGUUGUAGUCGCAAUACGGAUACUUGUAAAAUGUGUGGUAAAAAACCAACAGGAGAUUACUGGCACUUGAAUAACAAGAUUUUCUUAUGCAGAAUGUGUAUGACACGAGAAUUUCAAGAGCAAGUAAAAUUUAAGAAGAGGGAACUUGAAUUAUUUCGUAAAAUAAGAGACUGCUCGGGUAUUCAUAUUCAUGAAGGCACUGAUGCAAAGAUAUGGUUAAUGCAUCCUGCUAUAAUCAAACAGUGGACAAGAAGAGAAACAUAUCUCUCGGCUUACUUAAAAGAUUAAAGAAAAUAAAAUUAUAAAAUAGAUUUUUAAUUUCGAAUACAAUUGUUUAUUCAA